AUGACGCCGAAUUGUUGCAGAUCGGUAGCGUUGCAAAGUUGUAGUUGUUUCAAUCGCGCCUGGCCUAAAUAGCUGCGGGGACAAAACAUCGCGACCGAGCUCGGCCGGGCCCGCCAAAGCGCCCGUCUUAGUACCUUAUACAAGCCUCUAGGGCUCAUCCCCUAGCCCGCGAGCCUUGGCUCGCGUGGGGGCGCACAACAUCUUAGUUGUCGACCUUGGCUUUCGUUUCCAAAUUUUUGUCGCCUGCUCCGGGCGCUUUUAUCAGAUUGGUUCAGACAGGGUUGGGGUUCAGACAGGCGCUCAGCGCCGAGCUUUGGGUUCGAAGUUCCAUGGCGGCCCGCGGGCGGCUGGUCGCAUGAGUUCUUCGGUGUUGUGUUGUCAGUGGUUUCUGUGUUUGCAGGUAGUGGGUAGCCCUCGUGGUCGCCCUUGGCCCGGCGCAACGGCUGGCGCAUCGGUGCCUCGCCUGUGUGCUCCUCGGCGCCUUUCCUCGUGGCGCCCAGUCAGCCGUCGUCUCUGUCUGCGGUCUUCCUGGCUCUGCAGAUUUUAGCCCUGGGGGUUUUAGCUCGCAGCAUACGGUUCACGGACCGGUAGGCGCGUGGUGACCGCAGUCGGGUAGUCCCGGGUUUGGGGUGUGUGUGCACGGGCGGCUGUUGCCCGGGCGCCCGGGCGACUGUUGGCUCUUCUCGUCUCCGAGUGCCGCUGGGGCUUGUGUGGAGGGUCGGCCUGGGUCGUUGGUUGGACGGAUGGGGGGUGGUGCGCCCUUUGAGAGGGGCUGUGGUGUGCUGUGGCUUGGUGGUGUUUCGGCUUGGCUUCCGGUUCCAGUUGUGCCUCGGCACAGACUAUCAGACAUGGGCCUUCGGGCCAAGACAUUGCGCGUCUCUGACGCCAGCCAUCGUCUUCGGACGUGAUAUUUGUGUGGUGCUUGCGUUUGAUGGGGCUGUCGGCAGACCACUGGCCUGUCGUUCCUUGUUUUGCGUUGGUGCUGCCGCCAAAAGACCUAAACGAGAUGAGGGGUGUUACGUGGCGGUGGGGCUUUGGCGGGCUUCGGCUUGGCUUCGACUCAUGCGCGUAACGCUAUGAAGGUCGGCAGUCAACCAGGGGGUGGGUGUUUCUCUCUGGGCCGGAGACGGUCCCUCGCGGCGUGGGUACGGUGUGCCCCCGCUUGUCGGACUGUCCCUUCAAUUGUAAUUCGCAUCC